GUUAGUGCAUAUAGGUGGUAGUAGUUAUCUGAGGGAGGGUGUUUAGCUAUUUCGAGGUUGGUUACUUGUCGGUUCCCAUUUUAUGUGCUCAUAAGUCAGCUGUCAGUUGCGAAUGAUCAGUCGUGUAUGUAAGAAAGAAAGAGGAGAAAAUAUGUAUCCUUUCCGUCAACGUUUUCCUCGGCGAAGGUACUUCCGACCGGUGCCGGCGAUAAUAUGCUUCUGCAAUGGGGAUGUGACCUUGAAGACAAAUAUUCAGAUUCCCGGUCUGCUGUCUAUCCGCGAAAUGACGGAGGUGCGUUGGAAAAGGAGAUGGAGGAGGAGAGAGGCAGCCGACUUUUGGCUAUAUGGUGGUUUGGAUAUGAGCCCUGACCCUGAUGCCUACGGUCUUAAAAAUUUGUUCGGGGAGCGAGCAUAAUGCCAAGAUCGACACGUAUAGGUGUUAUGCGUUAAUAUUGUAAUGCCUGUACAAGGAUUUUUAUACAGUAUAAUUAUUUUCAAUUAAAUUUGCGU